CUCUCAUAUUUAUGAAGUUGGCCUUACAUGCUUAUGCCCCCUUUAUAAGUUUUGUAUGAUUCUAAUACAAGAAUAUGCACUACGCUGUUUUCUUCCUCCUCUGGGUUAUAGCCAUAUAACAUACUGAUGUCAACAAUUCUAAUUCUAUGCCUUACUCUUCCCUUGCUAUUGUUAUUCUUCUUCCAAUACCUUAGAGCCUUCAAGAAUCCAUCUCUUCCACCUGGUCCUAGAGGCCUUCCCAUAAUAGGGAAUCUUCAUCAGCUCAACAAUUCUUCUGUUUUUCAUCUGCUACUAUGGCAACUCUCAAAGAAAUAUGGCCCUCUAUUUUCCCUUCAAUUAGGUUUAAGGCCAGCCAUAGUUAUUUCCUCACCUAAACUGGCCAAAGAGAUAAUGAAAAACCAUGACCCUGAGUUUUGUGGACGACCUAAAUUAUUUGGCCAGCAGAAAUUGUCCUACAAUGGGUUAGAGAUGAUAUUUUCACCAUAUAGUGACUUUUGGAGAGAAAUUAAAAAACUUUGUGUUUUCCAUGUCCUUAGUCCUAGACGUGUCUCAGGAUUUUCCUCAAUAAGACACUAUGAGGUCAAGCAGAUGAUGAAAAAAAUAUCUAUGCAUGCCUCAUCUUCAAAGGUUAUAAAUUUGAAUGAAGUGCUAAUGUCUCUUGCUAGCACUAUGAUAUGUAGAAUUGCCUAUGGAAGAAGCUACGAAGAUGAAGGAAGUGAAAGAAGUAGGUUCCAUGGAUUGCUCAAUGAAUGUCAAGCCAUGUGGGGUACCUUGUUUUUCUCAGAUUAUAUUCCUUUCUUAGGUUGGAUUGAUAAAUUGAGGGGACUGCAUGCUCGUCUUGAAAGGAUUUUCAAGGAGUUGGAUACGUUCUACCAAGAAGUCAUUGAUGAACACAUGAAUCCCAAUAGAAAGACUCCAGAGCAUGAGGACAUAAUAGAUGUGUUAUUUCAAAUGAAGAAGCAGCAUUCAUUUUCUGUAGAUAUCACAAAUGAUCACAUCAAAGCGAUCAUCAUGGACAUGCUUGUGGCAGGAACGGAUGCAACUGCAGCCACAGAAGUAGGGGCCAUGACUGCACUAGUAAAAAAUCCGAGAGUAAUGAAGAAAGUUCAAGAAGAAAUUAGGAGUUUGGGAGGUAAAAAAGAUUUUCUAGAUGAAGAUGAUAUCCAAAACUUUCCCUAUUUCAAGGCUGUGAUAAAAGAGACACUGAGAUUGCAUCUACCAGCACCUCUACUUGUGCAAAGAGAAACAAAUGAAGCAUGUACUAUAGAUGGCUAUGAAAUUCCAGCCAAGACAUUAGUGUAUGUGAAUGCUUGGGCUAUCCAUAGAGACCCCGAGGUUUGGAAAGAUCCACAUGAGUUUUUACCAGAGAGGUUCUUAGACAGUACUAUAGAUUUUCGAGGGCUAGAUUUUGAGCUAAUUCCCUUUGGUGCUGGUCGUAGAAUGUGUCCUGGUAUGCCUAUGGGAAUUGCCUCGUUGGAUCUUAUUCUUGCUAAUCUUCUAAAUUCGUUUGAUUGGGAAUUGCCAGAAGGAAUGAAAAGAGAAGACAUAGAUACUGAAGUGUUGCCAGGGCUUGCUCAACAUAAGAAAAAUCCUCUUUGUAUUUUAGCCAAGUGUCGAAUUUGAAAGUUUGGAUCAUAAAAAUGUAUAAUUUUAUUGUUAGUACCUGCCCAUGAGCAUAUGGUAGAUAAAAUAAGGGCAUGUUGAUGUUACGUAAAUUGUCUGGCUUUGAUCUUUAGGUGAAUUCUGUUUGCUUAAUUUCCUUUACGUAUAUGUCAAGUUUGAUUAAUAAAAAUGUAUUUAUUGUUUGUACC